CACUGAUGCGGAUCAUUGGCUUGGAUGGUGAUGAGUUGGUUAACUUGGUUUGCCCCGCAUAAAAUCCGAAAGUCAUUAGGAGCAUAGGCAAAUACGUUCAUUCACUGACAUUUCAAGCUAUGCAUGAUAAUUUAAUUAUGGAAAGUGAAUCUCGUCUCUCAUCACAAGAGAAAUAAUCGAAUAUUAACUUGCAGAAAUGUGUUUCAGUUCAAUUAAGUGGUCGAUGAUCAACGCAUCCGCGUUGGCAGCAGCUGGGGGGCGGGAGGAGUGUCAAUCACUCUGCGCCGCAAGGGCUGCUGGGAUAGGGCCUAGUGCGGCGCUUGACCGAGUACCAGGUGGCUGGUGUGGCAGAGCGGAAAAGACGAAUAACUGAGGGGGGAGACAGAGAGAAGGAGAAAGAAAAGGAGAGAGAUCGACCAACGCGGGGAGACGCGCUCGCACACACGGUAGCUGAAGGCGAAGGUCCAGCUGCCACUUCCUUUGAGGACGGGAGUACCGGGCGGGCCGCAAUAUGACUACCGCCGUGGUCCAGGUCUCCAACGUCUCUCCGGUGGCGAGCAGCGAGCAGCUGAGGACGCUCUUCAGCUUCCUGGGAGAAAUCGAGGAGUUCCGCGUCUUCCCUCCCGACAAUUCACCUAUCCCAGUUUCGUCAAGGGUAUGUUACAUUAAAUAUCACGAUCCCGUGAGUGUUGGUGUGGCCCAGCAUCUAACAAACGUGGUUUUUAUAGACAGAGGCCUGAUUGUUGUACCCUUUAAUGAAGGUAAAAUCCCAGAUGAAUCCAAAGCCUUGCCUCUUUUGGCUCCUGCCACUUCUGUUACAGGACUGAUAUCUGGUGCAGGUUUGCUCCCAGUACCUACUUCAAACCCUUUGGCUUCUAUUACUGGAGUUGAAGUAACCGGAGGUACAAUAGGGGCUGUUGUUGGUUCUGUCCCUAUUACUACACUGGGAGCACUACAAGCUGGACUCGAUCCUUCCCUAACAGCAUUAGGAAUAAGCUCUCAACCUCCAACAAUGGGCAAUGUCGAUCCUUCCAAGAUUGAAGAAAUUAGAAGAACCAUUUAUGUUGGAAACUUGAAUUCACAGACAACCACAGCAGACCAGCUACUAGAAUUUUUCAGCCAAGUCGGUGAGGUGAAAUUUGUCCGUAUGGCAGGAGAUGAGACACAGCCAACCAGAUUUGCCUUUGUGGAAUUUGCUGAGCAGUCUUCAGUUCUACGGGCCCUAGCCUUCAACGGAGCUAUGUUUGGGGAUAGGCCCUUAAAAAUCAAUCAUUCUAAUAAUGCAAUCGUGAAGCCUCCAGAGAUGACUCCACAGGCUGCUGCUAAAGAGCUUGAAGAAGUGAUGAAGAGAGUGAGAGAAGCCCAGUCCUUUAUAUCAGCAGUUAUUGAACCAGCAGCAGAAAAAGAAGGCACUGAAACAAACAGAAGAUCCAGAUCCUAUUCCCGAUCACGAAAGAAAAGAUCUCGCUCCAGUUCUAAACAAAGACACUCCAGAAGCAGAUCUCCCUCAAGGCACAAAGAUAGGCGUGAUUCUAAGAGCCCUCAAGCAAAACGUUCACGAUCUAAAGAUAGGCGUAGAUCAAGAAGUUCUUCCCAGUCAAGGGAAAAGAAGCCAGAAGGAAAUAAUAAAGGGAAGGAAGAAAACAAGGAUGGAGAUGUGGAAAAUGAGAAAAAGAAAGAAAAGAAUUCCAGCACUCCACCAAGAAGAAACAGCUCAUGCAGAAGAUCUCGAAGUUCAAGCAGAGAAAAAUAUAGGAAGAAAAGCAGGAGUUUAUCAAGAAAAAGAUCCAAGACGCCUAAAAGGAGGUCUAAGACACCAAAAAGAAAGUCCCGGUCACCACGCAGGCGGUCCCGGUCGCCACGCAGGCGGUCCCGGUCGCCGAGGAGGAGAUCCCGGUCGCCGAGGAGGAGGUCCCGGUCGCCGAGGAGGAGGUCCCGGUCGCCGAGGAGGAGGUCCCGGUCGCCGAGAAGGAGGUCCCGGUCGCCAAGGAGAAGGUCCAGAUCGCCGAGGAGGAGAUCCAGAUCACCAAGGAGAAGAUCCAGGUCACCAAGGAGGAGGUCCAGGUCGCCAAAAAGAAGGCAGAGGACACCAAAAAGAAGGCUUUCCAAAUCUCCUUCUCCAAGAAGGAAUAGGAAAGAGAAAAGAAGAGACAAAGACAGAGAACAGAGCAAAGAUGGAGCUGAGAACAGAGAAAAUUCAAAUAGUCAAAAUACAGACAAAAAUAAACGUGAUCAUUCCACCUCAAAGAAGAAGAAAGAUAAGGAGAGGGAGAAGGACAAAGACAAGGAGAGGGAGAAGGACAAAGACAAGGAGAGGGAGAAGGACAAAGACAAGGAGAGGGAAAAGGACAAAGACAAGGAGAGGGAAAAGGACAAAGACAAGGAGAGGGAAAAGGACAAAGACAAGGAGAGGGAGAAGGACAAAGACAAGGAGAGGGAGAAAGGGAAAGAUAGGGAGAGGGAAAAGGAGAAAGACAAGGAAAAGGUGAAAGGCAAGGAGAAAGACAAGAUGAAGGAAGACAAAGAUCAGGGGAAAGAUACACUGAAGGAGGAGAAAGAUGAGGGAAAAGAUGCACUUAAGGAAGAGAAAGGCAUGGAGAAAGAUGAAGCAUUGGCAGAGAAGGAUGAGGGGAUGGAUGUGAAGGAGGAGAAAGAUGAGAGGAAUGAUGAGAUAGAGAAAAGUAAGGAGAGGGAGGAUAAGGCAAAGGAGGAGAAAGAAGAGCAGAAAAAUGAGGUGAGUGAUACCGAAGAUAAAGACAAAGCAAAGGGGAAGGACGAGAAGAAAGAUAAGUCAAAGGAAGAGAAGAGUGAGGACAAAGACAAGGCAAAGGAAGCAAAGAAUGAGAAGGAGAAAGAAGAGGAGAUAGACAAAGCAAAGGAAGAGGACAAGGAGAUGGAGAAAGAAGAGGAGAAAGAUAAAACAGAGGAGAAGGAUAUGGAGGAGAAAGAACAAAAGGAUAAAGAACAAGACUUCAAAGUCAAGCUGGAUACAAGUGAUAUCAAGGUGGGAGAAGAGUUUGUUAAUGAAGAUGGCUUUAAUAGUGACAAAAGCAAAGAAAUUGCAGGACCCAAAAAUAAUGUCUUAGUUAACAUUCAAGAAAAUGGUAAUCACAGCCUGAUUCAGUUGAACACAGAAGAAACACAAAAGUCUGAGAAUAUUCUAUUAGUUAACGUUGAAGAGGAAAACGGGGGGAAAACAGACACACAGUUCAUGGACUUAAAUGAUAUGCAGAACAAGUCUGCUUCGGUGAUUGAAGAAGAUUGUCUUUAACAACUAGGUCUUUCUAGAAUGGUUACAUAUCUGUGUGACAUCUAUGAUGUGUCCAGGUACUUAUUCAAUCUUCAGAAAUUUAGAACAAAAAGAAACUGUUUUUUAAAAUUAUGCCUUGUCAGUUCAUGAACUUGCAAGCAUAGAAUGGGUAGAUCUGUAAGUAGUGUCACUCAGAUUAAAAAUGACAAAGUAGUAUCUUUGUCAUGAAGGAACUGUAAAUAUAUGUAUUACUUUUUUAAGCUUACAUUAUACCCAUAUUUGCCUUCACAAAAUUUUGUUAAAUCUGUAAGAUGUACGUAUAUUAUUUUGCUAGUAUUGUUAAUGAGCAGAGGGAAUAGUAUUAUACUCUCACUAAUUA